CGAACCGGAACAAUGGAACGACUGAUUAAAAUAAAUCAAGUGAGAAAAGCAGAGAUUUCCCUCAGUAUUCGGUGUUUGAUAGCACACUCGCAUAAUACGCUCGCGAUACGAUUUGUGCGAAUAAAUUAAACGAAGAUGAAACCUGUGAUUCAAAGCCACAGCCAGUUCACGUGCAACAGUUUUCGCGUCUCGACACCGCUAAUUUUCUCUACAAACAGUGUGAUAGCAACUCACUCGGAUGCCUAGUUUCCUUAUGAACUAUGCAUUGGAAUUCUGAGGAAUGAGAACGAACCUACAUCAAAGCUGUAAUUAUUCACAAUUCCGGAACACAGUCAAACCUGGCUGUAAAAUGCACGCAGCAAAUUUGCUUUAGAAAUGCAUCAUAUUUAUGCGAUGUUUUCGGAUGGCAUUGUCGCCUAAGUAUUCGAAGUUAUGUUUAAAGAUGCCAGGGAACGACGAAAGCGUCGUGUCCAAUGAACCUAAACGCCGUGUCAGUAUAAUCACAGACCCAGUUAUGGAGAGUAGAAUGGGUCACGAUAAUCUGGGCUUUGAGCCAAACUCCAAACGAAAGAUAUCUCAGCACUCCAGUCAUUCAGAAGAUGGACCGGUGAGGCGGAAAAGCAAUCUUCACCAUGCACAUAAUGUCGACAGUGCAGCAGUGAACAGUUAUGAGCAGCGAGUGAAUGGAGAAGUGAACAGAACCAAAAAACAGUCAUUUUCCGAAGUGUUAGCCAAAAUUAAUCAAGAGUAUGAAACUGGGCAACAGAAUGCACAUCUAGAACAGUCAUGGAUCUAUUCUCUGUGCAUGAGGUGUAGGGUAGAAUAUAGUACACCAUCAUGGGAACCACCUGGAUGGCAAAAAGUUUGUCCGUAUCCUCUGUGUCCACCUUAUAGACAGUUUGCCAGAAUAAUUUCCAUAAUUUUAAUUGGUUUACUACUAUGGACAACCGCUUACGUUAUAAUCGGAGAUUCCGCAGCACCUGGUGGCCAACUAUUUCAAUUGGCAGUGUUGACUGUAGCAGCCAACUUUGGAGGAUUUCUAAUAUCACUUACUACUUUGCCACGCCUGAUCGGAAUGCUGUUGGUUGGCCUUCUGUUUCAGAAUGUCGGAUGGGUCAACCUUGACGGUGAAUUCACAAAAGUUACCGCUGAACUAAGAAAAUUUGCACUCGUUAUCAUUCUGACUCGUGCCGGCUUGGAAAUGGACCCGAAAGCGUUCAAAAAAGUAUACGUCACCAUCUUGAAACUAGGUCUCAUUCCGUGGACUGUGGAGUUUUUAUUAAUAGGAGUGUUGACACAUUACUUCCUCGAUCUCCCUUGGAUGUGGAGCAUGAUGUUGGGUUCAAUUAUAUCUGCAGUAUCUCCUGCUGUGGUUGUACCUUGUCUCUUCAGACUGAGAACCAAAGGCUACGGUGUUGCCAAAGGAAUUCCAACAUUAAUUAUUGCAGUAGCCGGUAUUGACGAUGCAGCAUCAGUAGCAGUCUUUGGAAUUAUUUCAAGUAUCAUGUUCACACAACAAGGAUUGGCUUUCCAAAUUGCACAAGCUCCGGUUUGUGUUCUCGGUGGCCUUGGAUUUGGCGUAUUUUGGGGCUUCUUAUGUAAAUAUGUUCCGGAAAAAGGAGAUGCCUAUGUAGUUCCUAUUCGUACUCUGAUGUUGUUCGGAGGAGGUUUAUUGGCCGUUUUUGGGAGUGAAAAAAUACACUUUGAAGGGGCUGGUCCUCUUGGUGUAGUUUUUGCCGCAUUUACAGCUUCAUGCUUUUGGUGCGGAGAAGGAUGGGAUCUUGAAGACAAUCCUGUUUCAACUGCGUUUGAAAUAUUUUGGAUGAUAUUCGAACCCAUAUUGUUUGGGAUAACCGGUGCUUCAAUUAAGAUACGUGAACUGGAUCCGCAUAUGGUAGCAAUCGGAACUGGUUGCAUUUAUGUAUGCAUUAUCGUCCGAAUCGCUGUGACUGUUGGAAUUGCAUUUGGUGAUAAGCUAAAUGUUAAAGAAAAGAUUUUUGUCGCAAUCUCUUGGAUGUCGAAAGCAACGGUACAAGCAGCUCUUGGACCUGUCGCACUAAAAGCAGUAGCUUCCCAACAUCGAUCAGAGGAAGAAAAGCACUUAGCAGAAUUGGUGAAAAACUUCUGCAUCCUUAGUAUUAUUCUAUCCGCUCCUUUGGGAGCCUUACUGAUUUCCAUAAGCGGUACAAAGUUGCUGAAAAAGACGAAACCCAUGCUGGAGCCUCCAGAAGGCUGGCGAAGAAGUCAUCGGCCAUCACUACACGACAUCAGUAUUAUCGACGAAGAGGAGGAGCGUGAAGAUAUUGAGGGUAUCGCUGAUGAAGAUACUGCUGCCAAUACGCUGUCUAACGCACAAUCAACCUCUGUGUUUACAGUUACAAAGUUCUAGAAACCAUUGGACCCUGAAAUUACACUAUCGCACUAGAGCAUACAGUAGUUUCAACAAAAUUGCUGCACAUACACCAUCAUCUGGUUGCAUAGUACAAAAAAAAACAUUACACAGUUCUAGCCAUACCAAAAACUAUCAUUGAAAUACAAACUACAUGAACUUCAUAGACCACAUCGUUAAAAUAAAUUUUAAAAAAAAGUUAA